UAGAGCGCAUCCUGCGAGGGUGGCCGGAGCUGGAGUGCUGUUUGGGGGCUCCUUCGUGUCACGAGGGUCGGGCGAGCGUCACGUGGAAGUCCGUGUCCCAGACGAGCACGGCGAGGUCUGAGCCACGAUGGACUUCCCCAACUCCCUUCGCCCUACCUUGUUUGUGACUGGCCCCCUCGGCCUGAGCGAUGCCCCUGACAUGUCCUUCAUGUGCAGCUGGAGAGAUGCCCUGACGCUGCCGGAGUCCCUGCCGGAGUCCCUGCCCCAGCACUCUGAGAAUGGGGUGCCACACUUGGCCAAGGGCCUGCUCUGGGAGCCAGACACCCCUGGGCCCCUUCCUUUGCUGCCUCCUGAUCCUGAUCCCUGGGACCCUGGCCUGACUGCCCGGGACCUGCUUUUCCGGGGAGCUUCCAAGUUCCGGAGACAGCCCCAAGCUGUGCUGGAUGUUACUGAACAGUUCAGCCGGUUCCUGUGGGACCAUGGGGACAUAGCCUUUGCGUCCCUGGGGAAGCUGAUGCUGGAGAAUUUCAAACUGGAGGGAGCAAGGAGCCGCUCUAAGAAGAGGACGGUGGUCAGUGUGAAGAAGAUACUGGAGGACCUCGGCGGACACCAGCCCUGGGGGUGUCCCUGGGCUUAUUUCAGCCACCGACAGCGCCGGUUCUCCAUCCUUGGGGACCCGAUCCUGGGCAAGUCAGUGUCGAACCUUCUGGGAGAGCUGCUUCAUGAGGAGCUAGCCAUGCGGUGGGAGCAGCUGCUCCUGGACGAUGCUUUCACUGGAGGUGCACUGGCCUGGCUACCUGGAAGGACACCCCGGGUCAGGCAGCUGGUCUACCCUGCAGGUGGUGCCUUGGACAGGCUCUAUUUCCAAGAGGUCCGUCUGACCCCAGAAGGUGACCCUCGGAUCCUUGGGAACCCUGGCCACAUCCAGCUCCGGGGACCUGUCCGGCAGGUGGUGACCUGUACCGUGCAAGGACAAUCUCUGCUGGCUGUUCGGUCUGACUACCACUGUGCCCUGUGGAAGGUCAGUAAGCAGGGGUGGCCAGCCCCUCUCCAGGUGCUGCAGGUUGAGAAGGGGGCCACAGGGAUCAACCUCAGCCCUCACCUGCCCGGGGAGCUGGUUGUCUGCAGCCGUUCAGGAGCCAUCUGCCUGUGGACACCCCAGGACGGGCUUCGGCAAAUCUACAAGGAUCCUGAGACCCUUGUGUUUCGGGAUCCCUCUCCUUGGCGUUGGGCAGACUUCACCGCUCACCCUCGGGUUCUGACUGUGGGUGACCACACUGGAGUGAAAAUUAUCGACACUCAGGGCCCACCAGGCUGUGGUCUGCUGCUUUUCCGUGCGGGUGCAGAAGCAUCGUGCCAGAAAGGGGAACGUGUCCUGCUAACCCAGUACCUGGGGGGAUGCGGCCCUGAUUCUCUGCAGCCCACUCUCCAUCUCAUCUGCACCCAGUUCUCACUCUACUUGGUAGAUGAACGCCUUCCUUUGGUGCCCAUGCUGAAAUGGGACCACGGGCUCCCAUCUGCUCCUCUGCUGGCCCGGAUGCUGCCUCCACCCCACCCCGGCUGCCCGAGGCCGCUGCUGCUUGGAGGCCAGGGUGGGCAGCUGCAGCUGCUGCACAUCACAGCGGAAGGGGCCUCCACGCCUCGGCUGGCAGGGCCCCCCCAGUCUCUCCCUUCCAGGAGCGACUCCCUCUCUGCAUUCCCCCUGCUGGAGCCCAAGAGUCAUUGGAGGCUGCAGGAACGUCUACAAGCACCAACCAUAGGUCUGGCCGCUGCCAUCCUGUCCUCUUCCUCCACACCAGUCCUUUCGCUCUUCCAACUCUCAGCGGCUGGAGAUGUCUUCCACCAGCGCCUCCACCUCCAGGAAGACUCCAGGCCCCCCGAUGACCCCGGGCCUAACUUCCAUGCCCCCACGGCUUCCUGGAGCCCCCAGGCCACUGCUUGCUGCCGCCGCUGGCUGAAGGCCCUGCUGGAGGUGCCGCUGGCUCCUCCUGUGUGGGUCGCGCCCACCUUUUCCUACCGCCGUCUGCUGGGCUUCAAGGAGCAGCAGAAGGUCGAGGGGAAAGUGCCAGAGGGUCUCCGGGCAGCCAUGGCCAAAGGGCGCCUCCUGCAGCAGAGGGACCUGGGCUCGCUGCCCACAGCAGAGCCACCCCCGGGCCCCGAGCCGGGCCCCAUGGAUGAGCUCAGCGAGCGGUUGGAGGCAGCUUGGGAAGGCCCGGCGGCUGCCUGGUGGGAGCGGCAGCAGGACAGGACCUCCUGGUCCGGGAAACGGCGCAAGCGGCACAAGCGGCGGAUGCAGCUAUCCAGUACCUUCUCCUCACUCAGCGGCCGCCUGGACUUCUCAGAUGCCACCAGUCCCCCUCACAGCCCAGACCGGACCUCCCCUGUGUCCAGGCCUCAGCCCUCAGUGAUCUUGCCCUCCCAGGAGUUGACCCAGGACCUGUGGGCCCGGGGCAUCCCCUCAGAGCGGCAGCAGACCCUCCGGGACUAUAUGGCCAAGCUACCGCUUCAAGGGAACACCCUAGAAGAUGCUUCUGCACCCCCUUCCCAGGCCUCCAGCAUCCAGGCCACCCCCUCCAGGCAGCGGACCCUCUGGGACUGCACAGCUGAACUGCCACCCCACAGGGACACCCCAGCAGGUACCAGUGUGCCCUUGUCCCAGACCUCCAGCGGCCGGGCCACCCCCUCCAGGCAGCAGGCACCUGGCCUCUCCGGCUCUCAGCCACACCGGAAGAAGCCCCGCAUGGGCUUCUGAGGAACCCAGGGGAGCUGCUCCCCCUCCUCUGCGAAGCCCUUGGUCCUGGACCAGCUGUGCCUUCUGGGACAAACAGGGACUGAGGCGGGAACAGUCUCAGGUCCAGACCUCUGUUUCCUGAAGGCCGCUGAGACAGGGGCAUCCAAAGAUGAUUUGGAGCCAAGUUGGAGGAACAGGAACAAUAAAAUAGUUUCUCCUGUAGUUUUUCUCUUGCCUGAAGACACUCCCAGAGGCACACUGACAAGGCCCCAGCGGUCCUGUCCUGAAGGUCCGUCAUCAGGAGCCCUCCAGGAGGCAGCUGUGCUGGAAGUGGGGGCUCCGGUCAGGCCGUGGGUGCCACAUGCAAGCUGUGUCCCCUGGUGACGGAAACACCACCAGCUCCUCACUGUGGUCAGUGACAGAGAAACGAGGCCCUGAGGAGCUGCUGUGCCUGGUGGUGGUCGGGGGGCAUCAGCAGCUGCUGUGGGCUAGUGUGUGUGAAGCCAUUUCUACCACA